GCCAGGGCGAUUACUGGACUCACAGGAGCCCUGGGAUGGCACUGACUCAACCAGCCACCUCCUAGAGAGCGUGACACCAUCAUGGAGCCUGAGGACUUGCCUUGGCCGGGCGAGCUCGAGGAGGAGGAGGAGGAGGAGGAAGAGGAGGCGGGAGAGGAGGAGGAGGAGGAGGUACAGGAGGAGAAGGAAGAAGUGGAGAAGCCGGAGAACUUGGAUGAGGAUGAGGUGGUAACUGUGGAGGACGAGGAGGUAGAGGAAAGGCGGGAACUGGACGCGGACUUUAACUACGAGAGCCAGCCUCGGGAAAGUACCGAUGAAGAGGAGGACGAGGAGGCCAAAGCCUGGCUGCAGGCGCACCCCGGCGGGACCUUGCCUCCGUCGUCUCUGCCCAAGCACCGCUACUCCGAGAGUGAGCCGACCACCCCGGAGAAGGUUGUUCCAUUGACCAGUCAUGUAUGGCAGCAGUCAUAUCAAGACAAGAACAGAACACCUAUUUCCGAUUCUAAUGUGGUCUCUCUGGAAGAAACAGCUCAGUGGGACUCUGAGGAUGAUCAGAAAACAGAAUCUUGGCAUUUUCUUCCUCAAGAAAUCGACUCUUCCUACACCUCGGAUACAACCCAGACCAGGUUUAAAGUGAGAGAGGAAGGGAAAGAAAUGACAGACUUCCCCUCUGUGGAGGAAGGUAUAUUGACCCAAUCAGAAAAUCAAGUAAAGGAACCCAACAGAGAUCUCUUUUGUUCUUCAUUGCUAGUCAUACAGGACAGCUUUGCUUCUCCUGAUUUGCCUUUGCUGACAUGUUUGACACAAGACCGAGAGUUUGGGCUUGACUCCUUAUUUCACCAAAGUGAACUAGAUUUUGCGCCUCUGAGGGUGAUUCCUGGUAAGUCUGAAGACACAGAAUGGUUUUCUCGACCGUCGGAAGUUAGUGAGGCUUUAUUCCAGGCAGCCUCAGAAGUAGCUUCAGACGUAGUUAAUAGUCAUUUUAAUAUACCUCAGCACACACUUAUAGGGAGUACAGCUCUUGAGUCACAGGGCUCUUUUUUAUAUCCUGAACAAGGAACCAAAGAAGAGACUGUUUCAUCUGGUGCAGCUGAUGAACUGAAAACCCCCAAAGACUCUGAUAGUUAUGAUGCUCUUUGUUCACACAUGUCAUGGAAGACACAAGAAGUUACACAGGAGCCAGAAACCACUUUAGCUAAUAAAGAUCAACUUUCUUUUUCAACUUCAUCUGAUACAAGUGAGGAGGAAUAUGUAACUACUAAAGAAAGAGACCGUUUUGAUGCUUCUUGUUUAUAUGUGCAGUAUUGGACACAAGAAGCUUUACAGCAGUCAGAAAAACAUUUAACCAGUAAAGACCAUGAUUCUUGUUCAGAUUCAUCUGACACAAUUGAUAAAAAUAAAAUUUCUGAAGGAAUUGGCAAUUUUAGUGCCCCCCUUUCAUGUAUGCCACGGAGCGAACAGGGAGCUUCACACCAUCCAGAAACAUGUGCAGUCAGUAAGGAUCAUGUUUCUUUUCCACAUGAAGUUGCUUCUUAUUGUAAUAAUAAAAUGUCAUAUUCUUUCUUGCAUUGCUUGUUGGAAAGGAGAGGAAAAAGUGUUCCCUUGAUGUCUGAUAGUCAUUAUUUUGAGAGGGUUUAUUUAAGGGCUCCUGCUGAGAAUGAGGUAAAACAAAAUAUGGUUUCUUUGGAGGGUUAUGAAAGAAAUGAAGAAGGUCUGGGGAAAGAAUUAUCUCAAAGUUUUGAACUAAAGGAAAAUAGCAGCACUUUAGUAUUUUUGAAGUUGUGUCCCAGUUCUUCAGAAGUACAGUAUAUUGAGAAUGUUGUAGUUCCUGACGAUUCUGUAAAAGUUUCAGAAACACAUAUAUUCUCCAGGGAAAAUGAUAUCUCUAAGGUAGAGACUUCUGGUGGUCCUCUUCAGACUAUUACAUCCAGCUUGGAUGAGACAUCAGAACAACUGUAUUUUCAAGAGGAACGAAACCAAAAGGCAAGUGCUGCUUUUGGUGGGAAAAAUGUUAAUGCUACUGAAAAUGUAGCCUUUGAGGCAGUUAUUGCCUCUAUUGAGCCUUCCAAGAAAGAGAAUACAGGAAACGAAAUCCAGACUGACUUCACUAAAUCUUUAACAAAUUAUAGCCAAGGUAGUGAACCAAAAAAUUCAGAUCUUUUCUUGUUAAAUUACAAUGAUGCCAACUCUUUCUUUGAUAAAUUUAGUCAUCCACACUGUCAGUCUACUCCUGGGGUGUUUGAACCAGCAGCUUCAAAACCAUUGUUGCAUAAAAAUGAUGAUGAUGUUAGCUCCAUGUACUGGCAUAACAAUGCAAAAUUACUCCCCGGUGUUCCUCAGGAAAUGUUUAUUAGGCCACUCUCUUCUACUCCUUUAAGUGAAAAAUCUCACAGCCAGGUUGUUGGUCUUUGCAAAACACAAAGCCCUCUAUUUCAGUGUGGUGUAGACAAUGAACCAUUUCUUCCCGUUGCAGAGAAGGCAGAAUCUUCAAACAUUACUUACCCACUGAAAGUAUCGGCUUCAGAUUCUUUGUUUUUGCAAGAUUUAAAGCAGCAAACCUUUGAAGAAGUUGCAGAUUCUUCAAACUAUACUUUGGAAGGCCUGCAGGGGAAGUCUGAGUCUGACAGUACUCUGGGUGAUGAGACUGAAUGCUGUAGCCUAGAUGAAAAUGCUGUUGUAUGCAGUAAAAGAUCUACUGAGCUACAAAGAGAGAUGUGUGACCAAGGUGACUUGAGUGGUGAGUGCAUUGAGGUAACAUGUUUAGAAAAUUUGCUUGAUGAUCUAGAGAUUUGUGACAGCUCCUUGCCCUGGGAAUCUGCUUUACAACAACCAUCCAAGGAAGAGAGCAGUUUUGAAGAGCCUGUUGGUCAUUCUGAUAUGGAUAUUAAUCAGUCUUUUGCAUCUGUAUUGCCUUCAUUUGUUCCUCAUGAGCCAAACAGAGAGUUGGAGUAUCACAGUUCAGAUCUCAGAAUGUUGAGGGUAUCUCCUGAGAUUGUGCCAGAGACUCUCAAACAUUUAUCAGGAGAUAUUUCCGAAGGAAGCAUAACUGAAAUUACUCAAUCCAACUUGAAGGCAGGCAUCACUACCACUUCUGGAGAUUCAGAUACUGGAUCUUACUUACCCUUGACCCCUGAGGACUUCCCUCAGUUGGUUGUAAGAUCUUCUGUGGAAAAUACUCUUCAUCUACAUACUGACAGCCUUAACAAACAGAUAUUGGCAGAUAGCCAUGUAACUGAAGAGGCACUAAAAGUUUUAGCUGUUUCUGAACUAGCUGACCAGAAGUCUGGGAUAUCAACACUACCCUCUAGUUCCUAUUCAUUAAUAGAGAAGCCCAGUAUUUUCUACCCACAGCCCUUGAGAGACAAUCUAACUGAAGGGCCUCUAACACUUUCAGCUGUUCCUGGACCUACUGACCAGAAGACCAACCUAUCCACAGUCCCUCCAAGUACCUACUUACUUGGAGAGAACCACAGUAUCUUCUACCAACAGACAUUGCCAGAUAGUGAUCAAACUGAAGAGGCUCCAAAAGUUUCAGCUGUUCUUGGUCCUGUUGACCAGAAGAGUGAGAAAACAACAGUACCUUCUAGUUCCUUUUCACACAGAGAGAGGCAACAGAUUGUUUUCUCUCAGCAACAACUGCCAGACAGUCAUCUAACUGAACAGGCUCUGAAAGUUUCAGCUGCUCCUGGAUCCACUGAGCAGAAAACAGGGAUACCAACAGUGUCCUCUACUUCUUACCCACAUAGAGAGAAGCCCAGUCUUUUCUACCAGCAAAAGUUGCCAGAGAGUCAUCUGCCUGAACAGUCUCAGCAAGCUGCAGCUGUUUCUGGAUUCAGUGGCCAGAAGACUGAGCUACCAACAGGAACCUCUACUUCUUUCUCACAUGGAGAGAAGGCCACUGUUUUCUACCAGCAAGAGCUGAGAGACAGUCAUCUACCCGAACAGUCUCAGCAAGCUGCAGCUGUUUCUGUAUUCACUGACCAGAAGACUGGGAUACCAACAGGAACCUCUACUUCUUUCUCACAUGGAGAGAAGGCCACUGUUUUCUACCAGCAGGAGCUGAGAGACAGUCAUCUACCCGAACAGUCUCAGCAAGCUGCAGCUGUUUCUGUAUUCACUGACCAGAAGACUGGGAUACCAACAGGAACUUCUGCUUCUUUCUCAUAUGGAGAGACACCCCUUAUUUUCCAGCAACAGACAUUGCCAGGAAGUCAUCUACCUGAACAGUCUCAGCAAGCUAUAGCUGCUUCUGGAUUCAGUGGCCAGAAGACUGAGCUACCAACAGGAACCUCUACUUCUUACUCACAUGGAGAGAAGGCCACUGUUUUCUAUCAACAGACAUUGCCAGGAAGUCAUCUCACUGAACAAGUUCUGAAAGUUUUAGCUGCUCCUGGAUCCACUGAGCAAAAAACAGCAAUAUCAACAGUGUCCUCUACUUCUUACCCACCUAGAGAGAAGCCCAGUCUUUUCUACCAGCAAAAGUUGCCAGAGAGUCAUCUACCUGAACAGUCUCAGCAAGCUGCAGCUGUUUCUGUAUUCACUGACCAGAAGACUGGGAUACCGAUAGGAACCUCUUCUUCUUUCUCACAUGGAGAGACACCCCUUAUUUUCCAGCAACAGACAUUGCCAGGAAGUCAUCUACCUGAACAGUCUCAGCAAGCUGUAGCUGCUUCUGGAUUCAGUGGCCAGAAGACUGAGCUACCAACAGGAACCUCUACUUCUUACUCACAUGGAGAGAAGGCCACUGUUUUCUAUCAACAGACAUUGCCAGGAAGUCAUCUCACUGAACAAGUUCUGAAAGUUUCAGCUGCUCCUGGAUCCACUGAGCAAAAAACAGCAAUAUCAACAGUGUCCUCUACUUCUUACCCACCUAGAGAGAAGCCCAGUCUUUUCUACCAGCAAAAGUUGCCAGAGAGUCAUCUACCUGAACAGUCUCAGCAAGCUGCAGCUGUUUCUGUAUUUGUUGACCAGAAGACUGGGAUACCAAUAGGAACCUCUUCUUCUUUCUCGCAUGGAGAGACACCCCUUAUUUUCCAGCAACAGACAUUGCCAGGAAGUCAUCUACCUGAACGGGCUCUAAAAGUUUCAGCUGCUCCUGGAUCCACUGAGCAGAAAACAGGGAUACCAACAGUGUCCUCUACUUCUUACCCACAUAGGGAGAAGCCCAGUCUUUUCUACCAGCAAAAGUUGCCAGAGAGUCAUCUACCUGAACAGUCUCAGCAAGCUGCAGCUGUUCCUGGAUUCAGUGGCCAGAAAACUGAGCUACCAACAGGAACCUCUACUUCUUUCUCACAUGGAGAGAAGGCCACUGUUUUCUAUCAACAGACAUUGCCAGGAAGUCAUCUCACUGAACAAGUUCUGAAAGUUUCAGCUCCUCCUGGACUUGCUGACCAAAGGAGUGGAAUACCAACAGUAUCUUCUACUUCUCACUCACAUACAGAGAAGCCCCAUAUUAUCUACCAACAGGAGUUGCCAGUUAGUCAUUUAACUAAAGAGGGUCAGGAAGUUUUAGCUGUCCCUGGACCAGCUCAACAGAAGACCGGGGAACCAGUAAUACCCUUUACUUCUUACUCUCAUAGAGAAAAGCCCUUUAUUUUCAACACACAGGGCUUACCAGACAGUCAUCUACCUGAAGACUCUCUAAAAGUUACAGCUGUUCCUGGACUAGCUGACCAGAAGGCUGGGUUGCCAUCAGAACCUUCAGGUUCCUACUCACAUAGAGAGAAGCCCAUUAUUUUUUAUCCAGAGGAUUUACCAGAUACUCAUCUCACUGAAGAGGCCCUGAAAGUUCCCAUCAUUCCUGGACCAGCUGACCAGAAGACUGGGAUAUCAACAGUACCCUCUACUUCCUAUCCACGUGGAGAGAAGCAUAUUUUUAUCUCGCCACAGGCCUUGCCAGACAGUCACCUACAUGAAGAGGCUCUAAAAGUUUUAACUGUUUCUGGACCAGCUGACCAGAAGACUGGGAUACCAUCAGAACCUUCUGGUUCCUACUCACAUAGAGAAAAGCCCAUUAUUUUCUACCCACAGGGGAGAUGGAGGGGCUUGACAGGGAGUCAUUUACCUGAAGAAGCUCUGAAAGUUACAGCUGUUCCUGGACCAGCUGACCAGAAGAUUGGGAUACCAUCAGAACCUUCUGGUUCCUACUCACAUAGAGAAAAGCCCAUUAUUUUCUACCCACAGGGUUUGACAGAGAGUCAUGUACCUGAAGAAGUUCUGAAAGUUACAGCUGUUCCUGGACCAGCUGACCAGAAGACUGGAAUACCAUCAGAACCUUCUGGUUCCUACUCACUUAGGGAAAAGCCCAUUAUUUUCUACCCACAGGGCUUGACAGGGAGUCAUGUACCUGAAGAAGCUCUGAAAGUUACAGCUGUUCCUGGACCAGGUGACCAGAAGACUGGAAUACCUACAAGUGCCUACUCAGAUGGGGGGAAGUCCAUUAAUUUUUACCAACAGGCCUUACCAGAUAGACAUAUCACAGAAGAGGCUCUGAAUGUUUCAGCUUCUCCUGAACCAGCUGAACAGAAGAUGGGGUUACCUACAGUAUCAUCUGCUUCCUACUCUCAAAGAGAGAAGCCCUUGAUUUUCUACCCACAGGACUUGCCAGAUAGUCAGCUGACUGAAGAGGCUUUGAAAAUUUCUGUUGUUCCUUUACCAGGUGACCAGAAUACCAGAAAACCAACAACAACUUCUUACUCACAUAGGGAAAAGCCUAUUAUUUCUUACCAACUGGAGUUGCCAGGUAGUCAUGUAACUGAAGAGGCUCUGAAAGGUUCAGGUGUUCCUGGAACAGCUGACCAGAAGACUGGGAUACCUACAGUACCAUCUAAUUCCUAUUCAUAUAUAGAGAAGCCCCUCAUUUCUUACAAGCAAGAUCUUACUCAGGAGGUUUUAAAAGUUUUAGGGGGUUCCAGACUAGCUGGCCAGAAAACUGGGAUACCAGUAGUAACCUCUACUACUUACUCUCAUGAAGAGAAGCCCAUCAUUUCUUAUCAGCAAGAGCUGCCAGAUCAUAAUGAAGAUGCUUUAAAACUUUUAGUAGUUUCUGGACCACCUGACCAGAAGACUGAUAUACAAAUUGUUCCCUCUUCUUCCUAUUCACAUAGAGAGGGCCCCAUCUCUUCUUAUCAGAAGGAGUUGCCGGAUAUUACUGAAGAAACUUUGGAAGUUUCAACUGUUGCUGGACCAACUGAACAGAAGACCGGAAUACCAAUAAUCCCCUCGGGUUCCCACUCAUACAGAGAAAAGGGUGGUACUUUUUACCAGCAUGAGUUGCCAGAUACUACUGAAGAAGCUUUAAAAGUUUUUGUUCUUCCUGUACCAGCUGGCCAAAAGACUGAGAUAUCAGCAGGACCCUCUAGUUCUUACUCCCCUAAAGAGAAACCCAAGAUUUCAACUGUAGUUUUACCAGAUGACCAGAAGACUGAGUUACCAACAGCUUCCUCUACUUCCUACUCACAUGGAGAGAAGCCCGAGAAUUUAACCGUGAUUGGAUCAGACAACCAGAAGACUCCAUUACUGACAGUUUUUCAUAAUUCUUAUUCUCGGAGAGUAAAGCCUAGUAUUUUCUUUAAACAGCAUUUGCCAAGUGGACAUCAUAGUGAAGAUAUUGUGAAGGCUUCUCCUGUCCCUGAACCAACUGACGUGAAUUCUGGGAUACCUACUUCUAGUUCCUAUUCAAACAGAGAGAAAUCUAAUAUUUUAUCUGCACAGGAAUUGCCAGAAAAACAUCUAACUGAAGAUGUACUGAAGGUGUCAACAAUUCUAGAACCAGAUAACCAGAAAACUGUGUUACCAACAGCUCCUCCUCGUUUUUUUUCAUACAGAGAAAAACCAAAUAGAUUCUAUCAACAGGAUUUGCCAGAUAGACAUCUAACUGAAGAGUCCCCAAAGUUCUCAAGUGGUCUUGGGCAAGCUGAUGAGAACACUGGGUUAUCAACGGGUCACUCUGGUACUUAUUCACAUAGUGAGAAGCACAAACUUGUUUCAGACCAUGUCCAAAGGCUAAUAGAUAAUUUGGAUUCUUCUCACUCUAGUAUUAUCUCCAACAAUAUGCCUUUAAGUUCUCAAGCUGAUUACAGAGUUGUAGUAAAUAAGACAGAACCUUCAGGUUUUGAAGAUGUCGGCUCUGAGGAAAUCCAGUAUACAGAUAAUAGUUCAAAAACUCUUAAACAGAUUCAGACACUUUUAAUGGAGGCUGAAAAUAUAGCACUGAAACGAUGCAAUUUUCCUGCUCCCCUUGUACCUUUCAGAGAUGUUAGUGAUAUUUCAUUUAUUCAAUCUAAGAAGGUUGUUUGCUUCAAAGAACCCUGUACACCUGAUGAAUCCAGUGUUGAUUUGCCUCCGAGAAAGCCAUUCACAGAGGAGAAUCCAAGCAGCAAGUACAUACAGAAGGAUACUAACACAGAGACGAACCUGAAAUGCCAGAGAGGUGUUGAAAAUUGGGAGUUUAUUAGUUCAACUGCAGUUAGAAGUCCUAUACAGGAAGCAGAAAGCAAAGCUAGAGUGGCAUUGGAUGAAACCCUUAGGCAAUAUAAAGCAGCCAAAUCUGUAAUGAGAUCUGAACCUGAAGGGUGUAGUGGAACCUUUGGAAAUAAAAUUCUUAUCCCUAUGAUGACUAUCAUAAAAAGCGAUUCAAGUAGUGACGCAAGUUCCUGCUCAUGGGACAGUAAUUCCUUAGAGUCAGUUUCUGAUGUUCUACUAAACUUAUUUCCACAUCCUUCACCAAAGACAAGCAUGACAGAUAGCAGAGAGGAAGAGUGUGUGUCAGAGAGUGAUGAUGGGGGUGGUAGUAGUGUAGAUUCACUGGCUGCACAUGUGAAAAACCUUCUGAAAUGUGAAUCCUCAUUGAAUCAUGCUAAACAAAUACUCAGAAAUGCAGAGGAAGAGGAAUGCCGGGUACGCGCACGAGCCUGGAAUCUGAAGUUUAAUAUGGCUCACAACUGUGGCUACUCCAUUUCAGAAUUAAAUGAAGAUGACAGGAGAAAAGUGGAAGAGAUCAAAGCAAAGUUGUUCUGUCAAGAUGACUUAUCCAAGGGUUUACAGAGUCCACGGGGAAUAGGAUGCAAGCCAGAAGCUGUAUGCAGUCAUGUUAUUAUUGAGAGCCAUGAAAAAGGGUGUUUCAGGACUCUCUCAGCCAAACAACCACAGCUGGACAGCCAUUCCUGUGUCUUCAGAUCAGCUGAACCCUUAGAAAUUAUCAGAAGACAACGGAGCCCAUUAUCAUGGAGACCCAGACACAUCAACUUUUCCAGAUCACUAGACCAGAGCAACCCCCACUUCAAAGUUUGUAAUUCCUUGCAGUUACAAAGUCAUUCCCCAUUUCAAAACUUUGCAGGUGAUGAAUUCAGAAUUAGCAAGGAUUUUCGAAUGCCAUUCCGUGAAAAGAUGGACCCCUGGCUGUCAGAAUUAGUAGAACCUAAUUGUUUGCCACCUGAAGAAAUGGAUUGUCAUUCUUCAUCACAAACGCUGCCCCCAGAAUCCAUGAAAAAGUUUACUUCCAUCACUUUUUCAUCUCACCGACAUUCUAAAUGUUUUUCAGAUUCCUCGGUUCUUAAGGUUGGUGUUACUGAAGAUACCCAGUGUACUGGAGCAUCUGUAGGGGUAUUUAAUUCUCAUUUCACUGAAGAGCAAAGUCCACCUAGAGAUCUAAAACAGAAAACUUCUUCCCCAUCAUUAUUGAAAAUCAUUAGUCAUUCACCAGAUAAAGCUGUGACUAUUUUAGCAGAAAGUAGUAGCCAAGGCCAAAAACUAUCUGUUGAACAUUCCCACCAAGAGAAACUUUUAGAAAACUCAGAUUUUAAAGGCAGUCAUUCCGAGCCCAGUACAAAUUGUAGCAAAUUCAAAGAAGUUCAUUUCUCUGAUAAGCAUACUCUCAUUAGCAUGGGCAGACCAAGUUCCACACUAGGAGUAAAAGAGAAGAAUGUAACUUUAACUCCAAAUCCUCCUUCACAUAUAUUUCUUGAACAACAAGAGCUCUUUGAACAAAGCAAAGCCCCACACGCAGAUCACUGUGUUAAGAAACACCAGUCUCCUCCUCCUCAGCAUCAGCAUUAUGUGGUUCCAAACCUUCCUUGUCACAUUUUUCUUGAAAAACGAGAACUCUUGGAACAAAGCAAAACCCCACAUGUAGUCCAUCAGAUGAGAGAACACUACUCUCCCCUUCCUCAAGGUGAGGAUUAUGUAGCUUCAGACCUUCCUUCUUCCAUUUUUCUUGAACAACGUCAGCUCCUUGAACAAAGCAAAGCCCCAGAUAUAGAUCACCACAUUAAAAAACAAUAUUCCCCUCUUCCUCAAGGUCAGGAUUGUGUAGUAGAAAACAAUGGUCAACAUAAGCCUAAAUCACACAUUUCUAACAUAAAUGUUGAAACUAAGGUCAAUAGUAUGGUCUCCCAAUCAGCCUCAAAUCAACGUACAAUAAUAAUAUCUCCAUCUACUCCACCUUCAAAUAGAAAAGCACUUUCUUGUGUGCGUAUAACUAUUUCUCCUAAGACUGAUAGCAGAUCCUUAGAUAAAAAAUUUUUUUCAUUGGAUCCUGCUUCUAAAACAAAGAUGAAUAGUGAGUUUAAUCCUGACCUACAGACUAUAUCUGCAAGAUCAUUGGGACCAACCUCCAAAUUACUGACCAGUAAACCUGGACCACAUGAUCAAGAAUCUUUAGGUUUUCUAGGACCUAAAUCUUCACCGGACUUUCAAGUCAAGCAGUCUCUUCCAGAUGGUAAUACUGUUCCUAAGGACUUAAAAAACAUACCUUUUCAGAAUAGCCACAUAGUAACAUCAAGGCAAACACAAGUGAAUUUUUCAGAUUUGGAAGAAUAUUCCAGUCCAGAAGGGACUUCAAUAUCUGCAGAUCGAUCACUGGAGAAGAUUAAACCCUCAUCUUCUGCCUUCUCUGGAAAAUUGUCAUCUGAUGCAGUCACACAGAUUACAACAGAAAGUCCAGGAAAAGCUAUGUUUUCAUCUGAGAUUUUUAUUAAUAGUGAAGAUCAUGGACAUGAAAUUUCAAAGCCCAGUUCCCAGAAGCUGGGCAAAGUUCCUGUCAGGUUCACUUCAUCAUCUUCAGUCCAACAGACCACUAUUCCUGAUGGCACAGAUGGAGCCCAGCCUUCACUGUUGCCGUAUAAACCCUCUGGCAGUACAAAGAUGUACUAUGUUCCACACUUAAGUCAAAUUCCUUCAUCUCUGGAUUCUACAUCAGCCACCACCAUUGAGAGCUCACACUCAGGAUCCAAUGAUGCCAUUGCUCCACACUUCCCAGCUCAGGUGCUAGGCACCAGAGAUGAUGACGUAGCACUUCCUGUUAAUAUUAAACAUAAAGAGGGGAUCUACAGUAAGAGGGCAGCGACCAAGGCAUCCUCAUUGGCAGGGCAAAAACCUUUUCGGAAAGAUAAUGCAGAUGCCCAAGUUCAAGUUCUUAUCAGUGAAGAUGAGAACCUCUCAGACAAAAACAAGAAAAAGGAGAUCUGCAAUAAAAAGGCAGUGACUAAGCCUGCCCAAUCUGAAGAAAUAGACUUGCAGAAAGACACUUCAGAUUCCAGUGAUGCUGUUGCUGCAAAGCUCUCGUCUCAACGACAGGACACAAAGAUUCAAAGGCUGCCAGACACUAAAGCCAUUAAACAGAAAGAGGAGAUCCAUAGUAAGAGGAAAUUUCCUAAGGAAGCUUGGACAGAAGAUAAAGAAUCCUUGCAGAUAAAUAUUGAAGAGUCCAGAUGUCAUUCAGAAUUUGAAAAUACUACCCAUUCUGUAUUCAGGUCAGCCAAGUUUUACUUUCAUCAUCCAGUGCACCUGCCAAGUGAUCAAGACUUUUGCCACGAAUCUUUAGGGAGAAGUGUUUUCAUGAGGCAUUCUUGGAAAGAUUUCUUUCAGCAUCAUCCAGACAAACAACAUACUUGUCUACCUCCCUCAUCUCAAAAUGAGGAAAAGACAAAGACAAAAACCAGAAUAGAGAGUGUCAGUAUCAAUGUAAAUUUGGAAAACAAAGAAGUGAUGCAUCCUACUAAAAGUCAGGCUAGCGAUUAUGCAAAGUGUGACAAACAGAUUAGUGAUCAAAAAAAGGAUCUUCCAGUCACCCCAGAGCCCACAGCUGAGCACAUUACAAGUUUGAAUGAACUGUGGAACAAGUAUCAGGAGCGACAGAAGCAGCAGAAACCUCCAGGGUUCAGUGAUAGGAAAGAAGUAUCCUUAGUGGAGCGACUUGACCGUUUGGCUAAAUUGCUUCAGCAUCCCAUCACACAUUCUCUUCAGCCCUUAGACAGUACACAGGAUGACAGCAGAGAGCAACAAGAUGCUAAAGAGUGGAGGGGUAGACAGCAACAACAGAAAAACAAGCUUCAGAAAAAGAAGCGGUAUAAAAGCUUGGAGAAAUGCUAUAAAAACAUAGGAGAUCUUAAAAAAAGCAAGGUGCUCUCUACUCAUCAAGCUGGAGGUUCAAAUCAGAUUAAAAUUGAACAGGUUAAAUUUGAUAAGUAUAUUCUGAGAAAACAGCCAGAUUUUCAUUAUAUAAAUAGCACUUCUUCAGAUUCUAGACCAUCAGAGGACAGUGAGCUGCUCACAGAUACUGCCACCAACAUCCUUUCCACCACCACCUCUCCUGUGGAAUCAGAUAUAUUGACCCAAACAGAUAAAGAAAUGAUUUUGCAUGAGAGGAGCAGCUCUGCUUCCACCAUUGACACUGCCCGAUUGAUCCAGGCUUUUGGCCAUGAAAGAGUUUGUUUGUCACCCAGGCGAAUUAAAUUAUACAGCAGCAUCACUGACCAUCAGAGGAGAUACAUUGAGAAGCGGAGCAAGAACAAGAAGAAAGCACUGAGUACAAGUUAUCCCCAAGUGACUUCUGAACACACCAGAAGGAAACGCAUCCAGGUGACAAACCAUAUGAUUUCUUCUGACUCUAUUUCAUCUUCUACUGGUAGUUUCUGGAGCUCGAACUCUACCCUUUGCAACAAGCAAAAUGUACAUAUGUUAAAUAAGGGAGUACAAGCAGGUAACUUGGAGAUUGUGAAUGGUGUCAGAAAACACACUCGAGAUGUUGGGGUGAUUUUCCCAACGCCAAGUUCUAGCGAGGUUAGAGUGGAAGAGGACAGUGAUGUGACUACUUGGUCAGAAGAAAAAAUAGAAGAAAAAAGGCUCGUUACCAGUUAUCUUGGGGACAAAAAGUUGAGGAAGAACAAGCAGAGUUGCUCUGAAGGAGUUUCAUGGUUUGUUCCUGUGGAAAAUGUGAAGUCUGGUCCUAAGAAGGAAAACCUGCUCAAGCAUCAUGGCCCUGGUAUCUCCUGGUUUGCACCAGUAACCAACGUGAAACCCUGGAGGGAACCGCUGCGGGAACAGAACUGGCAGCGUCAGCACACAGACAGCCACGGGUCAGUAGCAGGCCCAGGCAGAAGUCCUCUGAAGCCAUUUGUGAAAGCAACUUUACAGGAAUCACUUCAGCUUCACAGACCUGACUUCAUCUCCCGCUCUGGGGAGCGAAUAAAACGCCUGAAGUUAAUAGUCCAGGAGAGAAAGCUGCAGAACAUGUUUCAGAGUGAGCGGGAGGCACUGUUCAACACUGUGAGAGAAUGGCAGGGCCACCGGGACCCCAUGCGCCCGCUCCCUAAGAGAGGUUUCCUGGCUGCCCAGAAGGGCAGGCCUAUUGGAAAGAAGGAAAUGAUUCAGAGGUCUAAACGGAUGUAUGAGCAGCUCCCAGAGGUACAGAAAAAGAGAGAAGAGGAGAAGAGGAGACUGGAACAUAAGUCAUAUCGUUUGCGAGCCCAGCUGUAUAAAAAGAAAGUGACCAACCAACUCUUGGGAAGAAAAGUUCCCUGGGACUGACAUAAAGUUAUUUUCUUCAGAGCCUUGGAAUUUUAUUUUAUCAACUCAAAGCACAUUCCUUACUUUUUAUGAGUCUGGUUUAAUAAAACGAACUCCUUGUCCAUGUGUAACUUAGUGACCUUUUAGUCUGCGGCAGAGUGGUGAUUAUUAAUGGUUGGGAGCAGUACUCUCUCUACAGUGGCCUUGUCCACAGGGAUGUUUGUUAUAACGAUAUUAUCUCUUAAUUUCAGCCAAGAGUUACUCCCUUUUUGUCUGUUUUUAUACUUUUAGAAAAUAAAUAACUUCUUAUUGACUCAUCAUAAA